CUACUCCCCUGUUCCAAAGCAGAGUACUCAAAAACCAAGAACAGAUCAAGAUGGGGUUUUCCGGUAGCUCUCCUGCUGGCGCCGACGCCGGCAGCAUCAAACUCGAACCUUUCCGGUUCGCCGUGCAGGUGGUGCGCGGCCGGUGGUUCAUGUUCUUUUCCUCGUUCCUGAUAAUGGCAGCCGCCGGCGCCACCUACAUCUUCUCGAUCUACUCCAAGGACAUCAAGCAGUCGCUGGGGUACGACCAGUCCACCCUCAAUACCCUCUCCUUCUUCAAGGACCUCGGCGCCAACGUCGGCAUCGUCUCCGGCCUCAUCAACGAGGUCACGCCGCCGUGGGUCGUCCUCUCCAUCGGCGCCGGCAUGAACCUGUUCGGUUACCUCAUGAUCUACCUUGCCAUCACAGGCCGCACGGCCCCGCCGAGCGUGUCGCUCAUGUGCCUCUACAUCUGCAUCGGCGCCAACUCGCAGACCUUCGCCAACACCGGCGCCCUCGUCACCUGCGUCAAGAACUUCCCGGAGAGCCGUGGCGUCGUGCUCGGCCUCCUCAAGGGCUUCGUCGGCCUCAGCGGCGCCAUCAUCACCCAGCUCUACUACGCCAUCUACUUCGACGACUCCAAGUCACUCGUCCUGCUCAUCGCCUGGCUACCCGCCGCCAUCUCCAUCAUCUUCGUCCACACCAUCCGCAUCAUGAAAGUCGUCGCCUCGCCGGACGGCAAGACCCCCCGCACCUUCUACCAUUUCCUAUACAUCUCCAUGGCCCUCGCCGCCUACCUCAUGACCGCCAUCAUCGUGGAGAAGUCCGUCGGAAGGCACUUCAUACAGCCCGAGUACGGCGUCAGCGUCGCCAUCGUCAUCUCCCUCCUCAUGCUCCCUCUCGCUGUCGUCAUCAAGGAAGAGCUCAAGAUCUUUAACCGGAAGAAACGAGAUCUCCAAAAUCCAGCGCCAAUUGACAUAACCGUUGAGAAACCGCCGCCGAAACUAAAAUCAAAUUCACCGGCCGAUGCAACUGUCACCGAGGGAAUGAAAAAACAGAGGAGCAUAGUAGACAUGUUACGGCCGCCGCCGCGCGGGGAGGACUAUUCGAUUCUGCAAGCGCUGGUGAGCAUCGACAUGCUGGUGCUGUUCUUCGCGAGCAUCUGCGGCGUCGGCGGCACUCUGACGGCGAUCGACAACAUGGGGCAGAUCGGGGAGUCGCUGGGCUACCCCAAGCGCAGCAUCGGCACCUUCGUCUCCCUCAUCAGUAUCUGGAACUACGCCGGCCGGGUGACAUCCGGCUUCGCGUCGGAGGCCCUUCUCACCAAGUUCAAGUUCCCACGGCCGCUGAUGCUCACGGCGGUGCUCCUCCUCUCCUGCGUCGGCCACCUCCUGAUCGCCUUCGGCGUCCCUAACUCCAUCUACUUCGCUUCCGUUGUCAUCGGUUUCUGCUUCGGCGCGCAGUGGCCCCUUCUCUUCGCCAUCAUCUCCGAAAUCUUCGGGCUCAAGUACUACUCCACCCUGUACAACUUCGGCGGCGUCGCCAGUCCUCUGGGAUCCUACAUCCUCAACGUCCGGGUGGCGGGGCACUUGUACGACGUGCAGGCGAGGAAACAGAGGAGUGCUUUAGGUGCCGCCGCCGCCGCCAGCAUCGGCAAGGACUUGACGUGCAUGGGCGUGGAGUGCUACAAGACGUCGUUCCUCAUAAUCACGGCGGUGACGGUGCUAGGCGCGGCGGUGUCGCUGGUCCUGGUGUGGAGGACGAAGGAGUUCUACAAAGGGGACAUCUACGCCAAGUUCAGGGAGCAGAGGGAUGCGGCGGAGAAGGAGCUGGCCGUAGGAGGCUUCGGCUUCGGAGGAGAAGUAGACAUGAAGAACGCGGUUCCGGAGCCAGCUGCCGGCGACGACAGUGAUGGUAGAAGAGUGAGAUCCAGCGAAAACAAUAAUAAUUAAAAGAUAACAGACUGACAAAAACAACUCAACAUUAAGAUAUAAUUAUCAAGUAAUUAAGAGAUCAGAUUGCGUCUUGGCAAACUAUUGUGCCAGUAAUCUAAAACCACGUUAAUGUUAUUAUUAUUAUAAGUCAAAUCAUGAAAAUCAGUGACAA